AAGACAUUUCAGUUUGAAAUAAUUUCAGACUUAGGAAGAUGUUACAAGAAUAACCCUAUAUAUUCCCAGAAAUUCCCAUAUAUUCUUAUACAUGGAUUUCUCAAAUCCUACCACAUUUGCUUUUUCCUUCUAUAUUGGUGUUAGUUUUUCCUGAAUCAUUAAAGAGUAAAUUGAAGUAUUUACCUCUAAGUACCCCAUACUUCAGGGUGUAUUUCUUACAAUCCAGGAUGUUCUAUUACAUAAUAGCUGUGUAAUGGUCACAGUCAGAAAGGUCACUGAUAAUCUAUAGCUUGUAUUUGAAUUUUAUCCAUUGUCCUAAAAUGUUAUCAGUUCCCCUUAUCUUUUUCUGGUCCAGUAUCUAAUCUUGGAUCAUGUGUUACAUUUACUCAUCUUGACUCUAUACUUUCCACUCUCCUCUAAUCUGUAAUAGUUCCUUAGUCCUUCUUUGUCUUUCAUGAUCUUGACAUUUUAGAGCACGGUUCAGUUAUACAUAUUAGAAUAUGUGCUCAAAUAUUUUUACUGAUGCAGUGUGUCAUAAAACAAUGAGAAAAGAAUGAGAAAAGAAAAAGCUAUUGGUUGCUUGGCAGAAGGUAAGGACUGACAGCAUUGCACAAUUGUGUGCAAAUGGAUUGCUGUAUGAUUUUCAUUUUCAAAACCAACACUGAUGUCAGUGGGAUAGGCAAUGGUGAGAAUUGAAAUUUAUGGAAAUGUGAAUAUAAAUGGUCCUUGCUUCACUGAUCAGACAUGAAGCAUAGAGUUGAGUGAGAGGAUCAUGUCCUGUGUGUCCCCUUCCUUGCAUGGCAAGAGAAAAGUACUGGGAGAGAGCAAAGCUAACAGAAAAAUACCUUUCAAGAACAUUUUUACUCCCAAGAAGAGUAAAAGUAAUUUUUCAGGAGCUGGAAAUGCAAAGAACUGGAAAGUGAAUCCAGAGAGAGAUACCUAACAUCUGUUUCAUGUUCAGGACUGCCCUAGGAAACAGGACAAGCGGUAGAAAGAAUUAGGGGAACUUGAUUUUAGGAGUUUGAUUUAAAUACUGAUUUGUCUAUACCAGGUCAUCAGAGGAAUUUGUUAAAGAGCACAGUUUUAAUCUGAGGUUUAAAACUUGGUCUUUGACCUGUCCAAACUCUUGCUUUGAUUUAAUUUGCAAGGACAAACAUGGUCUUUAAAGAUAAUAUAUAGUUAGAAUUAAUGCCCUGUUUUGUUCUCCAUUUGCAAAUAUUUUCUCACUAUCAUGGAUUUGUAACACUGAAGUCUUAAGUUAACACCCAUAUGGAGAAUACAUUAUAGGUGGAUAUAUAUGCCCAUUUUAUAGUACCUCUUCCUUGAAGAGCUGAAAAUGUCUCCCUGAAUUUUAAAAUUGUACCUUUCUACAGAAGAGACUUGGUGUCAGAGAAAGCAGAAGAAACCUUUGAAUUUUGGAACAUAUGUUUUACCAACCUUGGUUGAUUCACUGUGUGCCUCAGUAGUUCAACUGAAAAAUGAGAAAGUAACAAAAUAGCCUUGAACUGUGUGGAGGCACAGAAACUGCCUCUGAUUUGGUCUGGGAGUCAUUUUACGAUACAUUCAUUCAAAAUAAUAAAUGGGAAGGAAAAAAUUCUCAGAGGGAAGUUGGCAGCACAGUAAGGGGAACAAAUUGCCAGUGGAGUCACUUUAGUAAAUAGUGACAUUUAACCAUAUUAACUUGAAUUUCAGUUUUCUCUUUUAGUUAACUCUGUAGGUUUACUUUGAAAAAGGUUGCUAUGUGAGAUAUAGAACUGUAAGAAAUGUAUUGAGUAUUAAUUGAACAUUGUUGCAUCUUGGCUGUUAAAUCUCAUGGGAGAAAUGGUUGUUAUGCUUGAUUUGAAAUUCUCUGGUCCAUGCCUUUGAUGGUGAGACCAACGAAUUUACAUACCUCUUUGGGGAUUUCUAGCGGGCAGUGUGUGAACCUAGACUUUUCUUCAUCUGCUGGGAUGUCAGAGGGUGUGUGUGUGUGUGUGUGUGUGUGUGUGUGUGUGUGUAGGGGGAAAGGAAUUUAGAGGAUAUUUUUUGAGGUAGCAUAUCUUUGAUGCAGAUCUGGGAGCUUGGAGUUAGCACGAUAGAGUUUUAUUUUUAUCCACAUUAUAUUUUCUGUGUUUCAAACAUGAGAUUUUUGAGAAAUUGGAAAAAAGUAUUAAGGCUUUUACAGUGCAGGAUAUUUUGGUUGACUACUGAAUGUGUUUUCAAAAACUUGCACAUAGCAUCUGUGAUCCACUAUAUGAGAAUUUAUAGCAUAGCACUUUAUUUUUCCUGUCUUGACUUUUGUGAGAAAAUGUUUUCACUGUGCUUAGUGAUUUACAGACAAUUACCCACAUUUUGUUUUGUUUUGUUUUGUUUGUAACUGUUAAUGCUUUGCAAAGUCAUGCAUUUGGGACUUUGAGGAUGUUGGUUUUCACAAGUGCUGAAAUCAGUUUGAAUACAUAAUUUCAAGAAAAUACAGCCUAUCUUUUCCUUGUUCCUUGUUAACUGCUUCGGAGCCUUCUUGGAUAGCUAAGCAAAGCAUUUAUUUCUCUGAAGUUGAACUGUGUUUGUUCCUGAGCUUCCUGAAAGCAGAAAUGUCAUGAGCUGUUGGUGAUGAAACCUGUUGGAUUUCUGGAGGAAGCAGCUGGAGUCCUUGGCUUGUUAAUGACUAGCGAUGAUUCAAGUCUUGCAGAUUGUAAAGGAGCUGGUGACACCCUCGAGGCAAAAGGCAGCCACAGUGAAGGAAGAUUCAGACCAGGAUGUAGCCCUCAAACUUGCCCAGGAGCGAGCUGAAAUUGUUGCUAAAUAUGACAGAGGACGAGAAGGUGCAGAGAUUGAACCUUGGGAAGAUGCUGAUUACCUUGUUUACAAAGUCACAGAUAGAUUUGGCUUUUUACAUGAGGAGGAGCUCCCAUAUCAUAAUGCAGCUGUGGAACGGCAAAAGCACCUGGAAAUUGAAAGAACAACUAAAUGGUUGAAAAUGCUAAAAGGAUGGGAAAAAUACAAGAACACUGAAAAGUUUCAUAGAAGAAUUUACAAGGGGAUCCCACUCCAGCUCCGAGGUGAAGUCUGGGCUCUGCUUCUUGAGAUCCCUAAGAUGAAAGAAGAAACGAGGGACCUUUAUAGUAAAUUAAAGCACAGAGCACGUGGUUGUUCUCCUGAUAUCAGACAAAUAGACCUUGAUGUCAACCGCACAUUUAGGGACCAUAUUAUGUUUAGAGACAGAUACGGUGUUAAGCAACAAUCCCUGUUCCAUGUUCUUGCUGCAUAUUCUAUUUACAACACGGAAGUUGGCUACUGUCAGGGGAUGAGCCAGAUCACAGCUUUACUCCUUAUGUAUAUGAAUGAAGAGGAUGCCUUCUGGGCCCUGGUCAAACUCUUCUCAGGCCCCAAGCAUGCCAUGCACGGCUUUUUUGUCCAUGGUUUUCCUAAGCUUUUGAGGUUUCAAGAACAUCAUGAAAAAAUACUGAAUAAAUUUCUGUCCAAGCUUAAGCAACACUUGGAUUCUCAAGAGAUCUACACAAGCUUUUAUACAAUGAAAUGGUUUUUUCAAUGUUUCCUUGAUCGUACUCCCUUUACUCUAAACCUCAGAAUAUGGGAUAUCUACAUCUUUGAAGGAGAACGAGUUCUUACUGCUAUGUCUUAUACAAUCUUAAAAUUACACAAAAAGCACUUAAUGAAAUUGUCUAUGGAAGAACUUGUGGAAUUUCUUCAGGAGACCUUGGCAAAGGACUUUUUUUUUGAAGAUGACUUUGUAAUAGAGCAACUUCAGAUUUCUAUGGCAGAACUAAAGCGGGCAAAAUUAGACCUUCCAGAACCUGGCAAAGAGGAUGAAUUUCCGAAGAAACCUUUGGGACAGCUUCCACCUGAAUCUCAGUUUGCUGGCAUUAGUCACCUGAGCAAUGGACAAAGCUUUGGCAGGUCAAGUCCCCAUAAGAACAUCAGAAAAGAGAAUGACUCCUCACCUCACAAGAAAUCAGAGCAUUCCCCUCACCAUCAAAGUAGAGUUGGCACACCAGAGAGAGUGAGGCAGCUAAGACAGAAAUCAGUGGAUGAGGAUAGUAAAAAGCUUAAAGAUGAAGCAGAUUUUCAAAGAAAACUUGCAUCAGGUCCACAAGACAAUACCAGGCAAUAUGAUCAUGCAGCUGCUAAUCAAAACAGCAAUGCUACUUCAAAUAUCAGGAAGGAAUUUAUGCCCAAGUGGAAUAAACCAUCAGAUGUUUCUGCUAUUGAAAAAAUGGCCAAAUAUGCCCCUGAAGGCAAAAGUCGAUCAGCGCACCCCGCGCUUACAGUCCCCAUCCCGUGUUCCACUGACCCUCGCAUGUCAAACUCGAGGCCGAAGAUGAAGGUCUGGGAUGCUGAGGAAGGGAAACGGGGUUCGAACGCAUCACAGUAUGAUAAUGUAUCUGAAAAUGAAAAUGGCACAUCUGUUGAAGAGGCACUUGAAAGGGCUUACUCUCAAAAUCCAAGGAAUAUUGUUUACGCUCACAGUCCAAGAAAGCACGCUGAGCCAAGUUCUAGUCCAUCAAAAGUAUCAAACAAGUUUACUUUUAAAGUACAGCCUCCAAGUUAUGCAAAAUAUCCAACUCAGUUAGAUGGGGAAGAUCACGGGACAGUGCACCCCCCAUCUUACAGCAAUCCUCCUGUUUACCAUGGAAAUUCUCCAAAACACGUCCCUACUGCUAACAGCAGCUUUGUGUCUGCACAGUUUAGCCAUGGCGGGCAAAUGAAUCCUUCCAGGAGACCUUAUGGUUCCACUCUUUCCAUCAGUGUUUCUCCAGAGAAACUACAUAGCCGCCCAACUCCUCUUGUCCUACCAUCUAAUCGAAUAGAGGUUCUUCCCAUUGAUAUUGGUGCUGGGGGGUAUUCGGGCCAUUCAGGGUCCCCAAAAAAUGGAAAAUUCAUCAUUCCUCCAGUGGAUUAUUUGCCAGAUAACAGAAAAUGGUCAGAAGUCAGCUACACAUACAGACCUGAGAUGCCUGAACAGCCAUGGACUCAAGAUGCUAACCGUAGCCACUUAAGCAAUUUAACAAAAUAUUCUGCCUUUCAACAUGUACCCUUUCAGGACCAUAACCUCCCCACAGUAUCCAUGGAUAGUCCAUUGCGGUAUAGAACAUCCCCAGCUUUAGAAGAUGCCAGUUCACCUGGGUAUCCGUAUGCAGGGCCUGCAGCUCCAGUGUAUCACUACAGAAACCGGGAUGGACUUUCUAUUCAAGAGUCAGUAUUGCUGUGAGAAUUCAUCUAUACUUACUUAAGACAAGAAAAUAGGAACCAUACAGAACCUACAUUGCUAUGUUUAUAAUUGCCAAAGCAGUAUUUUAUACCAUUGUAAACAACUCGCACAAUUGAUAUGUAUGUUAGUAAUAAGAAUAGAUGGAAGUGUUUUCAUCCCCCUGUAGAUGCUGCUUAAGAUGAGCAUUUUAAAUGGCAUCAUCACUGAACCUGUUGAUUCAACAUGGAAACAUAGCAAUAGCAUAUAGGGAUGCACGCAAAGUAAUUAUUCACUACUCAGUUUCAUUUGUAGCUUUCUCCAAAACCUGAACCCUUUUACUCUAUUAGCCCAUUCUAUUUUGAAUAAUGUUACAAAGCACUGAAAAACUGUAGACGUGUAGAGUCUACGUGUAGAGUAGAUAUUUUUAAGGCUAUAUGUAGUGUAUGUGUCUUUUAAUAGAUAUAGGCACCUAUGCAUACACAUUUGAACACAGAACUAAUGAAACGUUUUAAAACAAUGCUUUUAAUCUAGAUCCAUGGAAUAAUUUCUUGUUCUUCUUUUCUUUAACUGGCCUUUUGGUCAGGUUUUCCCCUCUUAUAUUUUUUAACCCAGAUCUUAAAUGACUUAAGAGUUUACCCCGAGUUGAUUAAUUCAAAUCUCACAGAAUGCUCAUAUUUCUCAUUCAAUUGCUAACAUUUUCUUUCACUCUGAAAAUUAAAGAUGUUGAAGAGAAAGGCUAACCCCUUAAUGGUGCUUAAAAAUUGUGGCAGUCAAAGUAAGUUUAUGGCCAAAGGUGCAGCAGUGCCCAGAUUGUACCGCUAUCGAGAUCGGCAUCAGUGCCUCUGCGCCCUUUAUUCUGGUCUGACUCCUGCAGAGCUCAGAGCAGAAGGUUCCUUGCCUGAUGCAAAGGAGGUAUGGUGGUCCUGGCUACAGAUCUCCUGUGGAUGCCAGCAGGAGAGGUUGCAAGUUACUGUUGGGCAACAGAACAAACUACUUGCAAAUUCCUUGGAAACCAGGAUUAACAAUUUGGUUACUCCUGCCCCUCAGAUUCCUGCAGGGCUUCACUACAAAGUGCUGGGUGGCCAUUUACAUGAUAUUUUUCCUGGCACUCUUUUCUUUGAAGAAUGUAGUCAGUGGAUAUUGCUGCACUUGGCCAUUAAAUUAUUGGUGUAUAAAAUUACAAAAAAUGAUCUGAAUUAUUAAUAAGAAUCUAAAAUUUUGGUCUUUUUUUAAAUAGUGUGAAUUUCAUAAUUUCAAAAAAUCUUUUUUUUCUUGUUCAGUGAAAAAAAUUUAGGUUCAUGUUAGAAAGAAAUCAGCAGUGUCUUUUAAAAUAUUCUAUUUACACUACAGUUACCACAGCACUGACAAAGUUUGGAGCAUGCUGAGAAAGUAUGACUUUGUGUUUAAUUGGAGGGCUUGUUUUCGACAUUACUUUGCUUACAUUUGAAGAAUAGAGUAGAAAACCUAACAUGAGGGGCUCUUGUUGCAAGUUGGGGCUUUAAGCUUUCAAGGUACAGAAGUAUGUCUUUUAAAAUGAAAGUUAACAUUUGUUUAGCUAGUGAAUGUGACAAUAUUUUUAUGUAUAUAAUGAGUCUAAUGUAAUUUUAAUCAGCUUGGAAAUGAUGUUAUUAAAUGGCAAAACAAAUGUAGUAUAUUAGCAGGUAAGGCCUACACUGAAGUGCAAACAAAAUUCUGGCAUCACUGGGCUCUUGAUUCAGAUCAUGUGAAGCUUAGAAAUAAAUGUAUGUAAAAAUGUAGCUGAGGAUAUUCUUUCUAAUUUUUAAAUAAUGAUUCUGUGACUUGUAAUAAAUCAAGCUGUACAAUUUAGUUCAUAAUGGCAGCAUCUGAGCUGCUCCCAAAUCUGUAUAUCAACAGUGGGAAAUACUGCAGAUUUAUAUAUGUAUGUAUGCAAAAUAUGUAUACACACACUAUUUUCUUAUCUCAUCUAGGACAUUUUUUAUCUGUAUACUUUUUUGAUGUGAUUGUUUUUAACAUGCUAAAAGUAUACAUAUAUAUUGUUUUGUGUCUUUUAUGUGUUUUUUAUAUGGCAGAAGUGCUGCAUCCUUGACCCUUCUAAAGCUAAUUCUCUUCUGCAUAGAUAUGCCCAGUGUUUGCUGACAUGACUUCCUGUAUAAAGUAUAUAUAGUUAUAUCAGGUUACGUUAUAUAGUACUUAAUCAAGUUCUGUGUUAUAUGCUUUAUUAAUUUCCAGUAGUACUGUGUUUAGAACUACAGCACCUGCCCUUUAUAUUAUUUAACUGCCAUUAUUAAUAGCAGUAAGGUAUUAUUUCCAAUCUUCCCCUUUACAAAGUGUAGAUCUCUGUUACUUUUCCAAGUAGCAAAUUUUAACUUGAAGUUAUUUUGCCACCAUUCAAUUUCACACUUUCAGAUUUAUUUUUAAUAAAGAUAAAUAAUGAAAAGAUGAUAAAAGAUGAAAUAAUAUUGGUAAAGUGAGUUAAAAUAUAUUUAUGAAAAACAUUUGGUAAGAAUUUUUAUGGGUGGAGACUGAUUUUACUCUGUAAUUGCAUGUACUUGUUGUAACUAUUUUAUUAUUAAGUCUUCAUAGCAGUUUUGCCUAAAAUAAUAAGCACUUUGGUAUAGUUUUUAUUUUUUAAUAUUGAGUUUGAAAAUUUAAAGAAACUAGACCCAGAGUCUCAAAUGGUUUUAAAAUUUUUACUCUUUCGGGAGCUUCUGUUUUUUAUAGGUUUUUUUAAAAAAAUCAUAGCUUUUUAAAGCUGGGAAAUAUAUGUAAAGUCAGAUAUCAAAGUAUUGUAGGGGAGGAGCAUGUUUUUUGUCUACCCAUCUAGGUUCUCCAGUUGAGGCUCUGUAAACUGGACUGACAAAAUGCAGAUGAACAAGAGAAAAACAAACAGAAGUUUACUAACAUGUGUAUCAUGCAUUCAAAUGGGAGGACCCAACGACAAGCUGGGUAAAUGUAGGGUCUAGAUACCCAACUUAAUAAAGAAGGGUUAGGGAGAAAGGCACAUAUGGAAAAGCAAGUGACUUUUUGAGAAAUGAGUAGGCCUUUUGGAAAAAUAGAUGGGAGAUACGAUAGUUUGUGACAAGUCUGGGUGUGGUGUCAGAAGAGAUGAGAGUGGCCUGGGAAGUGGAUGUGCGACUGUUGUGUUCUUUGGGGAGGUUCUGCUUUUGGGGUAGGUAAGGGAUUUCAGGAAUUCGAAUGCCUUCAGCUCAAAAGCUGUCGUAUGCCAAAGUGGCAUAUUUUGGGGUGGUAUGUCCUGAUCCCCUUCAGCAUCAAAAAUAAAGUGUUUAAAAAAAAGAACCUUAAAAGAGAUUUGACAUUUCUGGAGAAGAAAAAUGGAUGUUUACAGAAUGUGAAAUGAUUGUUUUAACUUUUUUUAUUUUAAGAAGAUUCUUACAGUAAAUAUAUGUUAUACUUAGUGUAACUUUAAAAUUGAUUUUCAUAUCUGUAGUUACCUCAGACCUGUCUAUCGGGGCCCAUUAUAAUUCAGGCAUAAAAAUAGUACCUCAUUAACACUACCCUGCGAUCUGUUUUCAUGUUAGAGAAAAACAUGCCAUGUCCAUAAACAAGGCUUUAUUCAGAGAGGACCUAAGCUUAAUCUUCUGGAAAUACUUGUACUCUCCAUUAUCUUUUAGACUCACA